GUAACGAUAUCAAUUUGCCAAAGUCUGGUUAUCUUGUAUGCAUACUAACAGCGGAAGGGCUGUACCAGUACGCGGAGUGAUACAUAAGACAGAAAAAAAGGAACCGGCAUAUACAAGGGUGUGGGAGACACUAGUUCUGAUCUCGUGGAGUUGAAACAUCCGAUAGUUAUUAUUGACUAUAAACCUUUGUUAGAAAUUUAGUAUUUAAUAAUGUCUUGGCAAAAUUAUGUUGACGAUGAGAUUUGCUCUAAAAUUCCAUGUAAAGCAGUGGCAAUUGCCGGGCAUGAUGGCAGAAUAUGGGCAAAGUUUGAAAAAGACCCGGCCUUCCAAAUAACGCAAGCAGAAUUAAAAUUAAUUUGUGACCAAAUGAACUCAAGUCCUGAGACAUUCCAUGGAUCAGGGAUACAUGUUGGAGGACAAAGGUACAUAUGUUUGACUUCUGAAAGCAAUCUUUUGAGAGGAAGAAAAGGUGGCACACCAUUGUGUAUUGUGAAGACAUUACAAGCUGUUAUUGUAGCAGCUGCUGAAGAUGGUAGUAUAGCUGGUCAGCUGAAUAUUGUUGUUGAAAAACUAGGGGAGUACCUGACAAAUUCAGGUUAUUAGGUAUGAGCUUGACUGAAACAAGUUGGAUCUACCACUUCUGAACGAUAAUUUUAGAAGGAGCUUUAAAAGAAAAUUGAUUUCUGCUUCACCAUUCAGUUCCAUAGAAUCUUGUAAACUAUUUUUAUAUAUAUUUUUUUUUCUAUAUUUUUCCAGAUUUAUCUUUCUGAACCCAGUUUUUUCAUUAUUAUUCAAUGUUGAAUUGUUGCUUAACUGUCACUGCUUUUAAUUAAAACUAUAUAAAUGUAAAUUCUAAUAUGAUGCAUUAAGAGAAGGAAGCUAGUCACGAUAUUGGUAAAAUGAAGUGAUGGAGACCUACAAUUGAUAUUCAAACCAUGGAUAAUUUUUGAGAGUAUUUUACACUGAAAUGGUCUUUUGGUAAUGUUUGCAAGUGAAAAACUAAAACAAAUUUAACUUAAUUUUUGUAUCUCUUGCUCUUGUAUUUUGCUUUCACUUUAUUUACUGAAUCUGGAAGUGACUUUUUAACUGUUGAUAUUAACAUAUAACAAUGAGCUAGAAAUAAAUCCUUGCAUAAGAUCUAGUAUCUAGACCUUUAACAAAAAGGCUUAAAGUAUGACAAACUUGCUCUUCCUUAAAUUUGUAAGAUAAAUCAAAAGAGGACUUGUACUAGAAGAAACUGGGAUGCUCAAAGUAUUAAAUUUUUAAUUGCAGUUUAGUUUGUUUGUUGUUAAAUCUAACGUUAUCUUGCAGUGCGUGAAUUUUUUUUUUAAAUGUGCAUAAUCUUGAGCUGUGCCAAUGGUUAACUUCACAAAGUUUUUGUAUUCUGUCUGCUGGGUCAGUAAUUAAAUCAUUCCAAUUAGUUCA